GCCGGGCACUUUGUUAUUUUUUGUGGCUCCAUAAAAUUUGCUUAUCAGCAAUAAAACUUAAGCAAGUGGGUUAGUUAAACAAACUUGCUUCGGGGAAGCACCAUAAUUGGACUGCCGACCACCGCCGGACUUCGGAAUACUGGAAAAAUAGCCGAGCAGGCCGCAGAAGAGACCACACGCAAAGAGGGCGUCAACAAAAAAUAAAAAGAAAAAACCGUGGGGGAGGAAACCUGGGGAAAAAGACCAAGAAAAGCAAUACUCAUCCAGAAACUCGACUGAAAACCCGACUGCCACACUCGCACGGCCAUGAGUAACCACAGAUACCAUCAGGGGGGCAACUACAUGCACCCCCGGAUCUCCUCCUAUCCGCACCACUUCAGCUACGUCUCCUCGUGCGUCAAGUACAUGAUCUUCCUGCUGAACUUCCUCUUCUGGCUCUUCGGCGGCCUGCUGCUGGCCAUCGGCGUGUACGCCUUCAUGGACAAGCUGAAGGACGGCAAUGGCUGGCUGCGCUUGGACACCGUCUACGAUGUGAUCUUCAACAUCUCCCUGGUGAUGAUCAUCGCCGGAGUCAUCGUCUUCACGGUCAGCUUCGCCGGCUGCUUGGGGGCGCUGCGGGAGAACACCUGGCUACUGAAGCUGUACUCCAUGUGCCUGCUUCUAUUCUUCAUACUCGAGAUGUCGCUGGCCAUCAUCUGCUUCGUUUUUCCGCAGUACAUGAACUCGUUCCUCGAGUACCAGUUCACGGACAAAAUCAUCCACUCAUAUCGCGAAGACUCCGACCUGCAGAACUUCAUCGACUUUGCCCAGCAGGAGUUUAAGUGCUGCGGCCUGAGCAACGCUGGCUACCAGGAUUGGAGCAAGAACGAGUACUUCAACUGCUCAUCGCCGUCGGUGGAGAAGUGUGGAGUGCCCUACAGCUGCUGCAUCAAUGCCACCGAUAUCAGCUCCGGCCUGGUGAACAUCAUGUGUGGAUAUGGCGUGCAGGAGCACUCAGUGGCCGCCGCCAGCAAGCGCAUCUGGACCAGCGGCUGCAUUGAGAUCGUGCGCGUGUGGGUCGAGAGGAAUUUGUAUGUGAUUGCCGGCGUUGCCCUGGGCAUAGCCCUGUUGCAGUUGUUCGUCAUCUAUUUGGCCAAGACCCUGGAGGGACAGAUCGACCUGCAGAAGUCGCGCUGGUCGUGAGUGCAAUGCCACCAUCCGUACCUUUACGGAUAUCCGCCCUGCGAAGAUGACCCGUAUUACAAUUCGCGGAUGUGAGGCGGACUUUUUUGGUCCUGCCCGUGCUCAAACCGUUUCAAACCGAAUCCCACUCCUAGAAUAAUCCAUAGCUCCCUAUAUACCAUCUCUUGUGUUUUCGAUAGAUUUAAGUUCUAGUGUCCCAACAUAAUAGUAUUUCAAUAGUAUCCGACUCUCCUAGGCUUAGGAAAAAGUAUUUAUACUCCUUUGUGUUCGUAAAAUGCGCUCCGUAUUCUUAGUCACAAGCAAAGUCGAACAAAUCUAAAGUUUUACUCAUAUACGUAUGCAAUAUCAGACUAUUUAAAGACUAUUAAAGACACUUGUAUAUAAGCUAGCGAGUUCCAUAAGAAAUAUGCAUUUAAAAUGAGAUUUAUGUGUAACGACGAAACCAAAACUGCAUGCAUGUUUGUUAAAUUCAGCAACAUACUAGACUUAUUAUCAUUUUUAAGUAUCUGUGCGCGUGUUUGUCCGCAAAACUUGUUGUAGUGCGUAUUUAAAUACAGGCAUUCUAUACGUGUAA